GUUUAUAUGUAUAAACGACACUCAUGGAGUGAAGGGUAAUAUUUAAAGGGUUUAAGCUGUAGUUCGCGACAUAUUGCGAAACGAAAUGGUGUUCUCAGACAAGCAACUUUUUGAGAAGGUGGUCGAGAUACUCAAGCCACUUGAUCUUUCUGUGGUUGACUAUGAGGAGAUUUGUGAUAGGAUGGGAGAGUCAAUGCGUCUAGGUUUACAGAAGAGUACAAAUGAAAAAUCAUCUAUUAAAAUGUUUCCAUCUUAUGUUACAAGAACACCAAAUGGGACAGAAACUGGAAGUUUCUUAGCUUUAGAUCUUGGUGGAACAAACUAUCGAGUGCUUUCAGUAACUCUUGAAGGCAAAGGAAAAUCUCCAACAAUCCAAGAGAGAACUUACUGUAUUCCUGCAGAAAAAAUGUCAGGUUCUGGAACGGAGCUCUUUAAAUAUAUUGCUGAGACACUGGCUGACUUUCUGGAAAACAACGGAAUGAAGGACAAAAAGUUCGACCUCGGAUUCACAUUCUCUUUUCCAUGUGUCCAGAAAGGCCUCACUCAUGCUACUUUGGUGCGAUGGACAAAAGGUUUCUCCGCAGAUGGGGUAGAAGGUCAUAAUGUUGCUGAACUGCUGCAAAAUGAGCUAGAUAAAAGAGGAUUAAAUGUGAAGUGUGUUGCAGUUGUAAACGAUACAGUUGGUACACUUGCGUCGUGUGCUCUUGAGGACUCAAAAUGUGCCGUUGGAUUGAUAGUCGGGACGGGAACAAACGUUGCUUACAUUGAGGACUCUUCGAAAGUCGAGUUGAUGAAUGACGUGAAAGAACCCGAAGUCGUUAUAAACACAGAGUGGGGUGCAUUCGGCGAGAAAGGGGAAUUGGACUGUUGGAGAACACAGUUUGACAAAACAAUGGAUAUAGACAGUCUUCACCCAGGAAAACAACUAUAUGAAAAAAUGGUAUCUGGGAUGUACCUUGGUGAGUUAGUUCGCCACAUCCUUGUUUACCUUGUUGAACAAAAAAUUCUCUUUCGUGGGGAACUCCCUGAACGUUUGAAAGUACGCAAUUCUCUGCUGACUAGAUACUUAACAGAUGUUGAAAGAGAUCCUGCUCACCUUUUAUACAAUACUCACUAUAUGCUUACUGAUGACUUGCGUGUCCCUGUUGUUGAGCCGAUAGAUAACCGCAUAGUACGAUAUGCCUGUGAAAUGGUCGUUAAACGGGCGGCUUAUCUAGCAGGCGCAGGUAUUGCUUGCAUUCUUCGGAGAAUAAACCGCUCAGAAGUAACUAUUGGCGUUGAUGGCUCUUUAUAUAAAUUCCAUCCGAAGUUUUGUGAACGAAUGACAGAUAUGGUUGAUAAGCUAAAGCCAAAGAAUACACGAUUCUGUCUACGUUUAUCUGAAGAUGGAAGUGGGAAAGGAGCGGCAGCCAUAGCAGCGUCAUGUUCACGACAAAACUAAAAAACUGCACACACAAGAAACUAUUGUUUAUAUUUAGUUCUUUCAUCUGUUUUGUUGGCUUGAUAAAAUUCUCCGAUAAUUCAGAAACUGGCCCGCUUUAUUUAGUUUCUUGGCUAUGAUUAUUUUACUAUACUUCGAAACAUAUAAUUUUAAUGCUGAAGGAAACAUCGUCAUGAAAUUGAAGGAUCAAAUAUAAAUCGACUUUUUUCCUAUUAGAUCACAUCAUACAGUAGUUCAAAAACUUAGUUCUUUACACACGGCAUUUUUCUGUAACUUCCUAUAACUUCUGUUAUCUGGUUUUCUAUCAUUAAAGUAUAUAUAUAUAUAUAUAUAUAUAUAUAUAUAUAUAUAUAUAUAUAUAUAUAUAUAUAUAAUUUUUCAUGAGAAUUUCUAGUCAGUCAAUGACAUUAAAGUCACAGUAUUUUAUAGAUUAUAUAAUUCUAUUUGGCUUUGUUAUGUAAAAGGCGAUGAAACUAUAUACCUUAAAAAACUUUCUGUACCAGCUAUUAUAUGCAAUACAUGAAGAAUUACUCUUUAUUGCUAUUAUUAUACAAAUAUUUUUCUGAAUUUGCAGUUGUAGAGCAAAAUAAACGAAUUUUUAGUUGUAAAAGAAAGCUAAUAUUCUAAUUCUUCGCUACUGUUUUUACUUUUUUAUGUUUCAUGAAAAAAGAAAACCCUUAUAUCUUUUAGUUUUCACUAAUAUUACUAUUAUUUUUUAAUCAUUAUUCUUAAUAUUCCGAUUACUGUACACGUAUAUUUAAAAAAAACAUUUUAGCCAGAAUGUAAACAAUCAGAUUUAGUGUAUUUCGUUCUAGGACAUUGUGAUAAAUUUGUUUAACUAUUUAUUUUCUUGUGUGUGUGCGUUUAUUUGUGAUCGGCUAAUUGAACAUAUCUAUGGUAAACAAAAGUGAGAAAAGAAUGAUCUCCUGUUGUAAAUUGCAACAUACUUUGAGUUUAGAAAAAAGUGAUAGAUAUGUAAUCAUUUGUAUUUAUGGGCCAAAUAUAUCUCACUAUUUUAUGCC